AUAUUCCAUUGAACAGUGCCCCUUUUGUUUUCUCGAAUUCCAACCAUUCCCUGCCCCUGCAGAAACCUCCAUUAUAUCCCGGCACCUCCUUUUCAUUCUCUACCAUAAAAAAACAUAAACCAAAAUACCAAAAAGACCAGGCUUCUCUCUCUCUCUCUGGCUCUCUCUAGCUGUAGAAACUCGAAAGCAGGAAAGGUCUCUGAUCCCUCUGCACUCUCUCUUAAAUACGCAACUUCCCCUUUUCACUAACUUUUCCUGCAUCCCUUCAUCCCAAAAAAACUCUCUCACUUUCUCCAUUUCCCUCUCUCUCUCUCCCCGUCUCUGACUAAUUGUUUGAUCCUACUUAAAAAACCCUAUCUCCGGCUACCAACUUACUAAUUUAUAUGUCUGAUCACUUCCUCAACCCCAAUGCAAAUCAUAAGGCACUCAUGACCCUAUAAUUAUCAUACCUCUCAACCCUUUUUCCUUCAUAUUAUUAAUUUACACAUUUCUCCCUCUCUUUCCUGUUUGCUAUAAGAAUCUCUCUUAUUGUUCCUCACCAUUGUCACUUAUUUUUCUCCCUCUGUGUACCUCAUGAGCUCAAACCCUAGCAUGAUGAAAAAAAUUUCUUUACCCUUGCCUGAUCUCUCUUUACAGAUCAGCCCUCCAUCAUCUGCGGAUGAUCUUCCAUACGAUAUCGGAGUAACGAGAAAAGCACUUUACAGUACAGACAGGAGCUCAGCCACCGACUCCGGCAGCAGCGGAAGCGAUUUGAGUCAGGAACAUGGCUUCUACCACCUUGAAAGGAGUGGCAGUUACAAUCUUGCUUCGGCGGUUGAGGAGCCAAAGUUGAGUUUAGGGUUUGAUGAAAGGAAAGAUCAUCAUCACCAUAUGGCUAGUCCUCCUCCUCCAGCCCUCCAAAUGCCAAGAAACUUCAACAGUAAUCAUUGCUUCAACCACCACCACCCUCAAAUCUACGGCCGCGAGUUCAAGAGAAGCGCGAGAACGGUUGGUGUUGUGAAAAGAAGCAUCAGAGCUCCAAGAAUGCGGUGGACUACAACCCUCCAUGCCCAUUUCGUUCAUGCAGUGCAGCUUCUUGGCGGCCAUGAAAGGGCAACGCCAAAAUCUGUGUUAGAGUUGAUGAAUGUGAAGGAUCUAACCCUUGCUCACGUGAAGAGUCACUUGCAGAUGUAUAGAACAGUGAAGAGCACAGACAAUAAAGGAACAGGUCAUGAAGGACAAACAGAAAUCGGUUUGAGUCAAAAUCCAGAAAUCAAUCCAGCACUUCAAGCCAAUGGACAAUUAUCUUGUGACAAAGUUAACACUAAUAGAGGUUUGCGGUCUUCUUCGACGGAGAUCACAACUGGGAGCUCUAAUUUAAGACAUGAAGAUGGUUUGACAUAUUCUCAUUCCCCACCAUCAAAUGGCACUAAGGUGGAAGAAGACGAUUCAGGCCGCCGCCAUGGGUAUGCUCAAAGCAUGAAAGAGAGGCCGACGUUGGAUUGUAGCUCCUUGGCAUCGUCGGAUAUGUACCUUAAUCUAGAGUUCACUCUUGGAAGGCCAAGUGGCGAGUGGACGCUGCUCAAUAGCCUCAACCUUCAAAUGACUUAACCGUAGCUAGCUAAUUAAGCUUCAAAAUUAAUCAAGUGUUACUUAAUUAAACACUAGAGUUAAUAUAUGUUAAUUUGCCUCUUAAUUUUUAGGCAGACGUCGAGAAAGAAAAUAUCUAAUGUGCAAUAUCAAUCACUUCAUGUAAUUCCUUGUUUAAUUUUGUCUCUUUUUAACCAGAAACUUAAGAGGGAAAUGCAUGGUAUAACAUAAAUUAUGUAA